GCGGACCUCCGAAAGUUUAUGUUUAUGCCGUUGUUUGUUUCCCUGACAGCGGGCAGGCUGUGCCGCACGGCGCGACCUGCCUCGCUCGCUGCGAGCCCGGCUACGAGCCCAGCACCAACCUGACGUGCAAGGACGGGCAGCUCGAGCCGCUCACCCUGUUCGAGUGCGCCAGUGGCGGCGCCGCCCCUGCAGCGCCAGCCAGCGGUGCGUGGGGCGUGGGCCUCGACCCAGGAUUGACUGGCCCCCCGGCUCGGGAGCGAGCUGCGCGCCGCGGCCACAUGGGCCCCCGCGCUGCCGCCGUGGGCGGCGGCGGCCGGCGCGCUGGUCGCGGCGCUGACCUUCGGCGCGGCGCUCCCGCAGAUAGCGCGAUGCUGCUGCCGGCCGGGGGGGCGCAGGAGAGCCGCACCGCGCUCGUGAGGGCUGGCGGGCCCGAGGACUCGGAGGGGGAGGGCGACACGAGCGAAGACGGGGAGGAGGCGGCCACGCACGCGCUCUUGCAGCCGCGGGCGGAGACCCCGAGGCCGGGCCCCCCCAGCCCGGUCCGCCGGCGCCGCCCCCCGCGGCGCCCCCGGCGGCGCCCCGCAUCCUGCAGUCGUCCUGGCGGCCUCUGCAGGUGGCCCCCGCGGAGGGCGCCCCCGCGCUGCAGCCGGGCCGCUGGCCGCAGCGGGCGCUGCACUGAGCCGCUGGCGCGGGCGGCGCGCGCGCGAAUUCGUCCUGCGGGGGCGCCGAACCAUCAUGGGUAACUCGGGUCAGGGCUGACUCGGGUUCGUUUUCGGGAAUCCGAACCCGAGUUGCACCGGGCCCGGGUUACCCCGGAUAAUUCGGGCGUCCAGAGCCCCAAGUUACCCCGGAUAACUCGGGCGCCCAACCCCC